AUGGAGAUCUGACGCCAUCUUUACACAAGUGCUACCGGUGGCUAUUUGGUUACAGUGGGGAAGCUGCUAUCGCUCCACCAGGAAUCACCAAUUGGGACCUACGACCAACGAUAAACCGUCUGUUUCAGGACAUUAUCGAUAACUAAACACCGACGGCCAUGGCAGACCGGGAAAACGCAGUAUAUCAGGCUAAAUUGGCCGAGCAAGCAGAAAGAUACGACGAAAUGGUGAAGUCCAUGAAGAACGUGGCUGGCAUGGACGUGGAGCUGACGGUGGAGGAGAGGAACCUGCUGUCGGUGGCUUACAAGAACGUGAUCGGUGCCCGUCGAGCCUCCUGGAGGAUCAUCAGCAGCCUGGAACAGAAGGAGGAGAGCAAGGAGGGCGAGGGCAUCAUCAAGAUGAUCCAGGAAUACAGGCAAUUGGUGGAGACGGAGCUGAAGACUAUCUGCAAGGACAUCCUGGAUGUCCUGGACAAGCACCUCAUUCCAUCAGCCAACACGGGAGAGUCCAAAGUCUUUUACUAUAAAAUGAAGGGGGACUACCACAGGUACCUGGCUGAGUUCGCCACGGGCAACGACCGGAAGGAGGCGGCCGAGAACAGCUUGGCGGCCUACAAGGCUGCCAAUGACAUCGCCGCAGAAGGCCUGCCACCCACACACCCGAUCCGCCUUGGUCUGGCGCUCAACUUCUCCGUUUUCUACUACGAGAUCCUUAACUCGCCUGACCGCGCCUGCAAGCUGGCAAAGACAGCGUUUGACGACGCCAUUGCGGAGCUGGACACACUGAGUGAGGAGAGCUACAAGGACUCCACGCUCAUCAUGCAGCUGCUGCGCGACAACCUGACACUAUGGACCUCAGACAUGCAGGCAGACGGCGAAGAACAGAACAAGGAGACGGUGCAGGAUGCAGAGGAGGAGGCGGCCCAGUGAGACGACAUGCAACGACAAACAAAAAAAUACUCCUUAUUCCUUCCAAUCUUUUUUGUUUUAAAUUUUUUCAUCGAUUUCUUUCUCCUCCAUUCCCGUCCCUCCAAGAUGUCGGCCACCUUCCGUGUUACACCACAUUGUUCCCCUCCUCCCCUCCACUCCCUCACCAUCCACCCGGGGGGCCAGACUUUAGAGGGCCGAGCCAGGUGUCUUGCAUGCCACCGGGACUCGCUCACUCUAGCUGUGUUGGUGCCCAAAUGCCAAAAGUUUUUUAUUAUUCUAAUUAUUUAGAGCUCAUUUAAUGCCACCAACAACCGUUAGGCUACUACCCCUCUCAGGGCUUCUCCAUUUUAUUUGUAUCUUUUUCUUUAGUUUUUUUUUCUUUUUUUUUUUAAACAUUGCACUGGUAUACCUGCCAGUUAAAUACAUACGGAAGGAAAUCAUAAGAUCAAUGUUACGGUAUAUUUGUCCUCUCCCAAGUUUGUUUGUUUAAUUCUACCCUUUGAGUCGUUUCCAGCUUAAUCCUGCCGGGUUCCUGUAAUGUCCCCUUCACACACACACACACACACACACACACACACACACACACACACACACACACACACACACACACACACCCUUCGUUGCUUUCACAUUGCUGAAUAUGUCUUGCCAAUUAUGUCCACCUGUAUCAUGCAUGUGUGUACGCAACAAGAGGAAGAAAAGAUAAUGCUAAGAAAAAAUAUAUAUACGUGUAUGUGUGAGAAGGCGAGACCAUUUGUCUUUAUUCUGGAAAAUGUAAGGGGUGAAUGUGGGAAAAAGAGGUAACGAGUGGUUUAAAUAAAGAAAAAGGGAUCCACUGUACGUUUAUCUUUCGGUAAAGUAAACCAAGGCCCUGCUUAUUCUUCGGUUGUCCAUUCUAACCUUUUUUUUUUUUUUUUUCAUUCUUGGCAUAGAAAUGAUUCUUAUUCCUCAUAA